AAAGUAUACUUCCAUCUAAAAUCGCUCCUGAUUGAUUGUUAUCUCUUAAAUUUUAAAGUGGAAAUCUUCUAAAUUAGUGUUUAUCAUAAGCAUAACGAAUAAUGAAGUUUAGUUGUUAACAAAUUUAUAUGGAAUAAUAUUGAUAACUGUAUUAUUUAUUUAUUUAUUAUCAGCUUUAUUCAAUAUCAUAUUGUUUGGUACAAUAUAGAAUUCUCAGCAUAAAGUAUUUCAGUGUGGUUCCGUCUCUUAUUUCUUGAUCGGUCCUGAUGAUAAAUAAUAAUUAGAUAGAUCAUUACAAAUAGAAUGUUAUUUAAACAAAAUAAUAAACAUGUCAACAAAUGGAACUUCUCAUCUAACGUAGAUUUGAAAAAAUUCUUUAUCAUUAUUUGUUCACCUUUCAUUGAAAUGAUUAUUACUACAAUACUCAUGUAUAAAUUUUGUGAUAAAUGUAAGAACAUUAAUCAAUACAAAUGGUAUCUAUUAGGUUUAAUACCAAGUUCCGUGAUUUUCUCACUUCUAAUGGUCACUUUUCGUGAUAUGCGUGCACGUUUCCCAAUUAAUUAUGUUUUCUUGUUUCUAAAUACUCUGUUAUUAUGUUACGCAUUUGUACCACCAAUAUUACGGAUAAAAAUUGGAUAUAUAAUGAUAUCCUUUAGUGCCGCAGCAGUUAUUACAAUUUCAAUGAUAAUACUCGGGAUGUUCAUCAAGGUUAAAAUUCCUUCUGUUUUGUUGAUUACUGUUUUAAGCAGUUUCAUCAUUGCAGGGCUUGCAAUAUCUGUUGCAUUAUAUUUUACCCACAAAGAAGUAACACCUCAUGUAAUGGGAACAUUUUUUAUCUUGUCAGUUUUACCAGUAAGUCAAACACAGGAAAAAACUGAAAGUGCGAUUAUAGUAGAACAACUGGUAAUUAUGGUAAUAGUUGGGAUCAUAAAUCAACUAAAGCUAGACCACCACGGAGAACCUGGAAGCACUGGACGGCCGUUUUAUCAUGGUGUGGGACUCCUCAUCAGUGCUCGCCCACGAUCCCACCUCGCUAGAUUCGCACCCAGAACCUACCUAUCUCGUGCGCGAACACUUGGCCGCUAAACCACUGAGCCUGCAUCCAACGGUGUUAAUGUCUAACUUCAACCAAUCCACGAAAUUGAGCGACACAUCCACCACUGUCUUCAAUUCUUUUAUUUAUUGGCCAGCAGCUGAAAAUUGAAUACACUCCAUGGAUGCUUCCCUCCUAUUAUAUAUUGUAUGCUGUACUGGUGUCAGUAAUAUAUUUGUUCAUAUUCUAUUCAAUCUCUGUGCAAUUUUUAAAUCACAGAAACAAAUCAACACGUUAUAGCUGUUAAUGUGUACAAUGUAACGCCUAUUUUAAUUAAAUGCUAAUCCGUGAUGUCAUAUUUACUCUCUAUAAGCUAUUCCUCAUACAAAUAAACAUAGUUAUAAAUCGAAAUGUAUCGUUUCAUUCAAAUUAUUUUAAUUUCAAUUGGCAAUAGUUAUUCAACAGUUAUAAAUAUAUCCUGCCACUUGUUUUUCUAGAAUUUCUC